UCCUGAUUUCUUGUUUACACUAAUCAGUUAAUGUUGUUUAUAUCAAAUAUGGCUAUACGCAAAUGAUCUACUGUUUGACUAUGAAAAGUUUCCACUGCACGUCACUGGUACAAGGAAGGGUGUACAUUUUUUUCAAAGAAUAUAGCCAUGUGAAGUGUCAAAUAACAGAUAUCAGAUUGUAAAGAAGGGGAACUCUGCCCAAAUAAAAAAUCUGAGAAAAAAAUUAUCGCGGUGUCUGCGUACGACACCUAGGCCUCAAAACACUUCACAUCGAUAUCGCUUUAAAUAAUAUUAGAAUAUUAUAAUAUUUUGUAAAUUUAUUAUUUGUAUACGCCAUAAUAAGAAGCGUUAUUCUGGAACGUUUGAGGGGAAUCCUACUAUUAUUAACAAGGGUCAAAGUUAACUCCUUCGCGUGAAAUUUCUGUACCCCAAUGUCAGUAUCACAUUGAAGUGAAUAGUCGUACGUACUGGAUGCACACAUUACGAGCGAUGUACUACUGGAACCACGUCUUCAUAUCCAUAUAUUCUUACAUAACAAAUCUUGUAUUAUCUUUGUGAAGGUUUAACCCAUAUAAAAGUGUGCUGGUUUUUAGAGAGACAUCUUCGCUUCUAAGAAUAAAUGCGUUUGGCGACGAAGUAUGAUAUUAUACUACAUACUGCAUAUGUGGACACGCACACAAGAUACACUAAAAACUUACCGGUUGAGGGCACAAUAAUUAUUUUUUGAGUGCAGUCCAGUCUGUAAUCUGAUAAAAUGUAACCACUUCAAACUGAAAUCUUGACCAUUACUCAGGUUCCCCGUGCAGUAAUUGAGAAAUUGUUUGUUGCGUGCAAUUCAACGGUAAGAUACCACAAACGUGCCACAGAAGGAUUUUAAGAAAGUUUUCUUUACGUUUCGCAUGUUGGCGAGUAAGUGGUGGAAACUCGAUAGUAUUUCGAUAUUGCAUCAGCAAGUGCAAUUCAGUACGAGUUUUAGCUUUCCGCGAUUCAAACGAGUGGUUAAUAUUAUUCGAAAGGUAUUUUGCUAAAAUUUGGUUUUAAUCGUCGUGGAAUUGAUAUUUUAUGUUGACAAUUAUCGCUAGCAUCGCGCAAAUCCUGGCAAAUUAUUUAUGGUGUGAAGGCUUGAAAUCUUCAUCUAUUUGACAACAAUCACCCGGAUAGAUUUAUCCUCAAAAGUUUAAUUUAUACGACGACAACGGAAAUAGAAACAUAACGACCAAGUUGUGAUGCUACUUGUAUUAUACCCGAAGGACCAAACACAAUGUACAAUGACGUUGCCUUCGGUAGUAAUAAUAGUAUGGACAUUCACUUUGACUGCUUGGGCUUAUUCGGUCACGCUAGAGACUACUACGAUUAAGUCACAAUACGGGAACUACAGCAGUAAAUUUAUGGAUUCAUCUGUAAGGAAACUGGGGAGGCAGAAAGCUUCUGGGACACUGGUUAAAUCAGGUCCUGUGUUAGGUGAAUCAAUAAGUGGUUAUCCAGCGAGAAUCGAUUUUAAUGUGGAUGAUUUUGAAGAUCUUAGUGACAAUUUCAAGAAGGGCGAUGUGAAUAUCGAAGAAGUAGGAGUAUUAAAAAAUGUACAACUUUUAAGUUCAACCCUAGAACCGAAUCCACUACCCAGAGUAUUUUUGGGGAACAAUGAUAGCAACUACCAUAUUUUCAAAGUGUCGAAAAGUCCUAAGCAGAAGAUGAAGAAUUUUGAUGCUACUAAAAAAGAAGAAUUGCAUAAACAUAUCGCGUUUAGAUUUAAUAGUUUUGAAACACCAAAUUUCAACGUUCCGAAUGUUAGUGGCGUUAAUGAUACCGAUUUUAAAGGCUUUGAAGUGCUGACCAACAUGUACAACCAUUAUCAUUGGCAGCCAACUGAAAUAAGGAGUAAAGUAUCAGUUGCUUGCGGAGUUGAAUUGUAUGCUUAUUUUUCGGCACUGAAUAAUAAUGCUGAAUGGGCUCAAAAAGCAUAUGACUCAUCUGGACGAUAUCGUGGUCAGUUUUUGUACGGCAAUGAUCUAUGGCUUGGUGAAAAAAUAUUUUGUGAUGAAAUCAAUCAUCAUACGACGGAGAUGGAACGGGAGCAGUUUUUCUUCAGUUUCUUUGUUGCGAGGAUUUUGAUAAAGAGUAACUCAGUUGUUCGUGAGCCGCAAGUUUUAAAUUUAGGUGAAUGUUUGCCCAAAUCAUGUACAACAAAAGAUGUUAAAAGUAUUCUGGAUCUUGACCCAUACGCUUAUAUGCUCAAUGGUGGAUCUUCAUCCGAAAGGGUAACCAUACUUGAUGUUCGUAGAGUGCCAGGGAAUUUUGCUGUUUGGAACGAUAAAGGAUUCUACAUUUUAAGCUUUUCGUUUUUACUGAUUUUUAUUACGGCAAUUAUUUCAACUUUAUACGAAAAUAAAUUGGAACAGAAAAGCAAAGCUGAAAUUAAAGGACCUCGACAGAACGUCGAGAAUCAUGAUCCAGAAAAUGGCAAAGUAUUCGAACUGUUUCAAAUGCAAACACCCACCCAAAUCGGAAACAACAACAACAAUUCUGAAUUGGAGUCAAAUAAGAGCAAAUUUGGUGGAAAUGAAGAAAACCCUUUACCAGAACCAAACAAGGAAACUUCCAAUUCUUGGAGGAAAUUGGGAGUUGCCACACAAAUUCUGCUUUGUUUCAGCUUGCGGUCCAAUAUGAAAGCAAUCUUUGUGCAGAAUCAUCGUAAUGAGAAGUUACUUAGCUCGAUGCAUGGAAUGCGUGUAAUAUCUUUACUAUGGACAAUUUUGGUGCACACAUAUAUAUUUGUUUUCAACAUUGGAGAAAACAGAUACCGUCGCACUAUAACCGAGCGAUCAUUCACAUAUCAGCUAAUUGGUAAUGCAACCUUCUCCGUGGAUACAUUUUUCUUCAUAAGUGGUUUGUUGGUCACUUAUUUAUUUUUAAAGGAGGAUAAGACGAUAGAAAAAUCAACUACGACAUUUGCGAAAAAUGGGGCUCUUAAAGCUGUAAUUUUGCUGUCCUAUCGCUAUAUUAGACUUACUCCAGCUUAUUUGUUUGUGAUAUUUUUCAACAAGAUCUCAAUGGAAUACAUAUUAAAUGCUUCGGUUUUCACUCCGUCUCUCAUCGAUUAUCCUGCUUGCGCAAAGUACUGGUGGCGUAAUAUUCUGUACAUAAACAAUUGGUAUCCAUUCAACGAGUUUUGCUUGCAUUGGUCAUGGUAUCUAGCAAACGACAUGCAGCUCUAUAUAAUGGCUAUUAUCUUGUUGAUUGUGUCCAAGAGAUACUUCAAAUGGUCUGUUAGUAUUCUACUUGCAAUUUUGUGCACAUCAUGGGCAACUUCAGGGGUGGUCUCCUUGCAUUGCAAUUAUAUAUAUAAAGUUGCUAAGCCAUUCGAGUCCUUUGAUAUAUUAUACGAUAAGCCUUGGCAACGAGCUGGAUCAUAUAUUGUUGGUAUGAUAACGGGCUACGUCGUUCAUGUUGUAAGGAUCAAGCCGAGGAUUCCAUUUGUUGUCAACGUAGGAUUGUGGCUGUGUACCAUGAGCAUAUUCUUUGGAUUAGUGUUUGGAGUUUGGAACGGACAACUUGGAUUGCUUUCAACUGCAUUUUAUACUGGAGUUGGACACACAGCCUGGGCACUCGGUCUGGUAUGGAUUACGCUCUCAUGCGCUUGGGGAUUUAAUAGGCCUUUGAACAAUUUUUUGUCCUACAGUGUUUUUUUGCCAUUCAGUCGUUUGACAUAUUGCACCUAUCUGAUUCAUCCAAUAAUUAUAUCUAUAGUGACGUUUCAUGUGAAAGGUCCAAUGAAUUUACAGCACCCCAUCCUUUUUACUCUAUUUUUAGGGUAUGUGUUUCUAUCGUUUUUUGCUGGAUUAAUGGUUUCAUUAUUAUUUGAAGCGCCCACGAUAAAGUUGUUGAAAAUUCUUUUCCGAAGGCAGACAAUUAAGUAACCAGUGAGCUUAAGUAAAUAUUGUAUUAUAUUAUUUGUAAAUGAGUAAAGUAGUUAUAGGAAAUGAAGUUAAAGAA